UGUUGUGGCUGCGCGGGGGAGGGGAGGCUGGUCAGCUGAGUGCGGCGUGUGGGGCUGGGGCGAGGACGAGGGGUCGGCCUGUGAAGACGCAGCCGUCGACAUGCCUGGGAUAGACAAGCUGCCCAUCGAGGAGACGCUGGAGGACAGUCCGCAGACUCGAUCUUUGUUGGGUGUGUUUGAAGAAGAUGCUGCAGCAAUUUCUCGUUAUGUCAACCAACUAUAUAAAGCCAUGCACCGAAUCUAUGAUGCACAGAAUGAAUUAAGUGCAGCAACACAUUUAACUUCAAAGCUUCUAAAAGAAUAUGAACAGCAGCGCUUUCCUUUGGGUGGUGAUGAUGAAGUUAUGAAUUCCACUCUGCAGCAGUUUGCAAAAGUGAUAGACGAGCUCAGUUCUUGUCAUGCUGUUCUGUCAACUCAAUUAGCUGAUGCCAUGAUGUUUCCCAUUACUCAGUUCAAGGAAAGGGAUUUAAAAGAGAUACUGACUUUAAAAGAAGUAUUCCAGAUCUCAAGCAAUGAUCAUGAUGCUGCCAUCAUCAGAUACAGUCGUUUGUCAAAGAAAAGAGAGAAUGAGAAGGUCAAAUACGAAAUUACAGAAGACGUGUAUACUUCCAGGAAGAAACAGCAUCAGACUAUGAUGCAUUAUUUCUGUGCAUUAAAUACUCUCCAGUACAAGAAGAAAAUUGCUAUGUUAGAACCUUUAUUAGGAUAUAUGCAAGCUCAGAUAAGCUUCUUCAAGAUGGGAUCAGAAAAUCUUACUGAACAGCUGGAAGAUUUUUUAACAAACAUUGGAACAAGUGUACAGGAUGUUCGCAGGGAAAUGGAUCGUGAAGUAGAGACUAUGCAGCAGACUAUCGAAGACUUGGAGGUAGCCAGUGACCCACUGUAUUUGCCUGACCCUGACACUACAAAAUUUCCUAGCCAACGGAACCUUACUCGGAAAGCUGGCUAUCUUAAUGCAAGAAAUAAAACAGGGCUCGUGUCUUCCAGUUGGGACAGGCAGUUUUAUUUCACUCAAGGUGGAAACUUAAUGAGCCAGGCACGAGGAGAUGUAGCUGGAGGACUUGUUAUGGAUAUAGAUAACUGUUCUGUAAUGGCUGUGGAUUGUGAAGACAGACGAUACUGCUUUCAGAUAACAUCUUUCGACGGCAAAAAGUCUUCAAUUUUGCAAGCAGAGAGCAAAAAAGAUUAUGAGGAGUGGAUAUGUACAAUAAACAACAUCUCUAAACAGAUAUACCUAAGUGAAAACCCAGAGGAAAUUGCUGCACGUGUAAAUCAGUCAGCUCUAGAGGCUGUCACCCCCUCACCUUCCUUUCAGCAGAGACAUGAGAGCAUGAGGCCAGUAGUACAGUCUCGUCCUCCCACAAAUCGUACUAGCAGCACUGGGUCUUUGGGAUCUGAUUCAGCAUCUCUGUCAGCAUUUUCAUUGGAUUCACUUGUUGCACCUGAUACACCCAUACAGUUUGACAUCAUUUCUCCAGUAAGCGAAGAUCAGCCUGGCCAGUUAAAAACCUUGGGACAGUCAGGCAGGCGUACAAACCCUUUUGGAGAAUCUGGAGGGGUUAAAUCAGAAACAGAAGAUUCUAUCCUUCAUCAGUUAUUUAUUGUAAGAUUCCUUGGAUCCAUGGAGGUGAAGUCGGAUGAAAAUCCUGAUGUUGUUUAUGAAACUAUGCGCCAAAUACUAGCAGCGCGAGCUAUACAUAACAUUUUCAGAAUGACAGAAUCACAUCUGUUAGUCACAUGUGACUGUUUAAAGUUAAUUGAUCCACAGACACAAGUUACAAGACUCAGGUUUCCUUUGCCAAAUGUAGCACUGUAUGCUACACACCAGGAGAACAAACGCCUUUUUGGAUUUGUACUUCAGACUUCAUCAGGCAGACCAGAUAGCAAACCAACUUCAGUCUGCUAUAUAUUUGAAUCAAACAAUGAAGGGGAAAAGAUUUGUGACUCUGUAGGACUUGCAAAACAAAUUGCAUUUCAUGCUGAACUGGAUCGUAGAACAUCAGAAAAACAGAAAGAAAUAGAGAGAGUGAAAGAGAAACAGCAAAAGGAACUCAGUAAACAAAAACAAAUUGAAAAGGACUUAGAAGAGCAAAGCCGUCUAAUAGCUGCUUCUAGUAGAUGCAGUCAGAGUGCUGGGGACGGCCAAUUUGUAGUCCUUAGUAGUAGCCAGUCAGAAGACAGUGAUUUGGGAGAAGAUGGGAAGAAGAAACGUGAAUCUGAAGCAUAAGUUGACAUCAGUGGGAAUCUUUGGACCUGUUGUCUGAGAUGAAAUGACAUAGAAUGCAGAAGAAACAAAGGUGGAGGGUUUCCUUUAUUAGAUAAAACUUAAUAUUUAGAAUGUUCAUGUUUCUUUCACUAAGCUUGCGUAAUGUAGGUAUGGACUUUCUUUGAUACUCUAAGGAAUCAUGCUUAAUGGGCUGUAGCAGAAUUGGAGUUUAUGGACCUUUUUGGUUACCAGGGAAAUUGUAAUGAGGUAGAAAUUGGCAUAAAUUAAGUAUAAUUUUAUUUUCAUGUUCAAAAUAUGCUUUAAACUUAGUAAUUACUGCUAAAUCAUUCUGAACAUAAAUUGCCAGGGGAAAAUAACAGUUGUGCAAAACCAAAAAAAUCAUAAUAGCAUUUUUAGAUUAAAUGUAAGAUUUUCAUCACUUUUAUUUGGAAUUGCAAUGGAUGGUAUUGGCCUUAACUUCUCAGCAUAUUUUGGGUGACAGCAAAACAAAUGCAGGUUAGAAAGUGGUGUGGGGUUGUAAUUGUCCAUGUAACAAAUGUUUCCAUUUGUAGCCAAGAGGAGUAUGCGUGUGUCCUUUAAGUAACUCCCAGUGGGCUUUCAAUGGAUUACUGGUAUGCAGCAAGUCUUUGGAGCCAUAGGUUUGAGAAUGUUGAUAAAAGAACUAUUUGCAUAAAAAAAUCAUAAACUAACAGUCGAGAUAAAAUUCCUUGUAUGUUCCAUCUGAUUUUGUUGACAGCUUUUUUUCAGGACAAUUUUGCUAAACGAUUUGUGCCACAUAAGUGCAUGUAUAGCUUGCAUAAAUCUGCUGACCUUCUGAGAAAGGCUGGAGCUUCUCAUCCUGAUCUCUGUUUUUAAUGAGAAAUAAAUAACAAGUUUUAAAUAUAUCAGAUGUCAACCUUUUCCUCCUGCACUGGAGGACUCUUAAUACAAAAGAUUAUCUUUUUAUUUUGUACUACUUUAUUUUGUACUAUUUUGUAACUAGGAAAGUCCAUUUCUGAUUCCACCGCAAGGGAACAGAAUGUAUAUGAUAAGAAAUUAUGAAGACAUACAUCCCAAAUGAUUGAGUCAAUAGUUAACUAUGUGGUCUAUCUCUUUAGCUAAAUUCUUUUAACAGCAAUCUGUAAAAUGGGCUUAAUCAAUGGAAGCUGUUCAAGAUAGUAGAAGCCAAUGUUUUAUCUGUGUGUUCUGUAUCAUUUAUGAUGUGAACAAAGAAAGCCUAUGUCCCAUAAUUCAGGUAUGCACACACUUUUCAUCCAAGCAGAUCUGAAAAUUUGCCCCAAGGAUUACUCUUAAAACUCAGUCUUGAUAUGCCUUUUUGUCGCUGAAUUGAAAAAAAAAAUCCACUCUGAAGGAAGAAACAUAAAAAUGCAUCAUGGGUCAUUUGAUAUCUGAGACCUUUUGAAGUACCCAUUAUGCUACUCACGUGUAAGAACUCUGGAGAAAGUUUUUCCUUGGAACUCUGAUACUGCUUGCCAGGAAGUGUUACGAAUUUCUAUCAAAAGGAGAUGGAUAGGGCACCAGUAAAUUUAACUGGGCUUCAGCUACCAGCAGUUUCUCUUCCUCCCACCUCUACCUUGAAUCUCUGCAAGUAUCACCUUUUGCAUAAGGCUUAUUAAAUAAAUUUACUGCUGCAUCAUUUACUUGUAGUAAAGAAAUACUAACCUAUGUUUUAUCUUUGGGGGCAGCUUACUUUCUAAAUUGGCAAAGUUCAUCUUAAUUGGGUCUCCAACAUGAUUAUAUCACCUUUUUGAGCUUAUACUAUGUGAAUAUUAAAUUUGUGUUGAAGUGAAUAAUCACUUUCUGUGAUAGACAAUUCUUAGUUUUGUUUUCAGAUUAACCUCUGCCAGUUGUUGCCUGCAAUCUUUGUGUGUGUGUACAUAUAUGUAAAGAUGUUAUGUUCAUUCACUGUAUUAUAAUGUGCAUAAUACCUGUAUUUCCUCAUUAAUAAAACUGACGAGUUUUACUCUCUA